GGUCGAGUCAGUCGGCUCGCGCGCGCGCCUCGCAUCGCACGCGUUUUCCCGCUACAGACUUACGAAAUAACACGCCGUCCCACGCCCUGUUUUCGAAAAGUGUGAUAAACAAACUUUUUUUGUGUUAGUAAACUUAGUGUUGUGCUUGUGUGGAGUUGUUCUCUCUCAUUAGUGGUCACACUAUCCGGAUCUAAGGGACAUUCGUUCGAGAUACGGAACCAACUUCAUAUACAGCUGAAACUGACCUGAACACCUAAUGCGCGUGUUGGAUGGCUAGAUUAGACAAAAGGGCGAGCCAUGACAGGAUGGAGAUGAAGCAGAGUUGAAUACAAUACUUGUAACGACAUGUUAUAAACAUGGAAUCGCCAGUGAGAAUAUGUUUAGGUGCAGCAUUAGUAGUGAAUUUACUACUGUUGAGCAGCACAGCAGUUAGCGGCAACGCUAUACCCGAUACGACAUCUACGACUGUCAAAGAUGAGAGGGCGCCACGGUACGGCCGUGUCAACGGCACCUGGCUUGCGAGGAACCGACCCAAGACUCCAGACGUCUCCCUUAACGAACUAAACCCUAAAGACUCCACCUCUGAAGAACACACAGAAAAAAACGCAAAAUACAAGGACAGGGGAAGAGUACGAUUCAACGCACAGAUCAAAUCUAGCUCAGAAAGUCCAAGAAGAAGAGUAAAAUCUACAGAAACCACCCCCAACUUAGUAAUAGUAACUCCUACGCCAGAAGUAAAAAGACCCGCGGAAAUUGUAGACAGUAUGCAAAAAUAUAAGAAAACAAAACUGCCAAAUUUCAUUAGCAGUACAACUCCCUUUAGUGUGAUUAGAGAAGUUCACAGUGAAGAAGUUUCCGAGGAAGAAAUGGAAGCUGAAGAUGAAGAAAAGGAAUCUUUUGAGAGAUUCACUUCUGGAAAGUUUGAUAGCCCUUUCUUUACUAUACCCAGUUUUAACUACGGAAGUGACUUCACUCAUGACUCGGACAACGAGAGCUCUGACAAUAAAGUAAAGAAUGAGUACAGUAGUCCGACAUACGGAGGCUUCUCCAGCUUCUACCCUCGUGAAGCAUCAUACGGCUACAAAGAUACAACUCAUGAUAUAUUUAAAUCUGAAUCUUUCUUUGAUUUCGACUCCGAGUUAACGACGCCGAAAAACGAUUACUUCGACAAGAAGUUUCAACGGAUCUCUUCAAGUAUAAUUAAUAAUUUAGAUACUAUGAAAGCUAAAGCUACUCCUUCCAAUACGCCUAAUAUCCAAAUUAUAAAGGAAAAUAUUGGUAUGGAGAAACUAGGUAAUAAUACGCCGACUAACAGGUCGUCAGUCUUUAUUAAAAACACCAAAGAAAUUCGUCUCUUAGAUAAUGAUGGUGCUGAUAGUUCCAAAAAAGAGUUAUCUGAUGUACAAGGUACAAGUAUAUACUAUGAAAUGUCUGUCUUAUCCACUGAAACUUAUGCUAUCACUCAUGACGACGACUGUGAUAAUGAAUCUGUACCUGUACCGACACCGAGUACAUCCGCAGAAGAAGAAUUAGCGUCUGUCAACGCCUCAAAACAUCCAGUGCAAGCAGCGACUCGGCCGCCACUGCCUGAUCCUAGCCCUGAGAGUAUAUCCGUAUCACCUACUAGUUAUCUGCCUCUAUCUAGUGGGAUACCCCUUAUAAAUUCAAUAAAUUCUAUUCCAGUAUCUACUCAAAAUUCCAUAUCAUCGACGGAAAGAGUAACUAAAAAGUUUUCUAGUAGCUUCAACAGACAUCGAACUUAUUCGAAACGUCUUAAUAUAAAUAGUAAUAAUGACUCUCCUAAUAGUGUGACACCGAAACCUGAUAAUGUAAUUCUUUCGACUCCUAGUCCAAGGCUUGCAUUACGUAAAUUCCAUCAUACAACUCCUAAAACGAAACCUAUUUGGAUGGUGCCAAGACGAAAUUUUACCAGACCAUACGUUCGACCAACGAAUCCUACGACGAUAUACUCUGAGCAUUUUAGUGUGAAAGAAAAGACAACACCUCAAUCGCGGCAGCCGAGUCGGACAAUGUUGACGACAGUUUCUUCAGAUAUCGAUCCUGUACUACAAAGCGAAAUAAGUGGAACUAAGAAGGUGGUGCAUUCUCAGUCUAUAUCUGAUAAUACAGUUCCAAGUUUGUGGAAACGGGGUUCAACUAAAUUCGCAUCGUCAACGGCGUCCUCGACUGAAGUUGAGACAGAGAAUGAGACGGAGAGUGAGUGGCAGAUACCUCCAACAUCGACAGCAUGGGCUCUAGCAAGUCUACGCAGCCCUCCACCUGCACCUGGAUCAGUGAACAAAACCUCGACACAGAAGAGCGUCGAUGAAAAUGAAUUGCAGAAAGUUGGAGAAGUUUUAGACAAAAAAGAAAUAAUGAGUACAACCACAACUUCAACAACAGCGAGCACAAUUAGUAACGAUAUCAUUCCAAAGAAGGUCACAGAACUUGAGCAGAACAAAUUACCGUGGCAGCCUAUAUUUGCUUCAACUUCUCCAAGUUUUGAAGUAAAAACAGAAAGCACAACUGAGACUAAAUCCGAUUUAAGACUACCAGCUGAAAGUAAUAUUUCUCUUCAAAGUAGUGAAAAACCAGCCACUACAGAUAGGUCAAAUUCUAUUGAAAAUCAAACAGAAGAGUCUUGGGUUUCCGCAACAGUUGAAUCAGAAGCAUCUACGGAUAAAAAGACAAUUCCACCAGUUGAUACAACGAAGUCAACUGGUUUUGAAUCAAUUACGAAACUACCAGCAGAUGUCACUACACCGCAAGAUGAAUCUGUCGCUAGUUCGGAACUCAACCAGAUAGUGACUGAGGAAAAACCUAGGACUACUACUGAUUAUGAAAUUACUACAAUUAGAUUUUCUUAUGUACCAACUGAGACGGUUGACACUGAGUCGCCUCCCAUUCGCAGCACCACACCUAGUAUGUGGCAUCCUGUUUUCCCGACUAGGACAAGAAUAACUACUAUAAAGGAUAGCCCUGUCACUACAUACAGACCUAAAUACUUAACGACGGAAGUUGUAGAGGAAUCUACAACUACUAUAAUUGAAACUACAUCACCUAUAGAAGUUUCGUCUCAAAUAUUGGAAAGUACUACGAAACAGGUGGUUGAAACUACAACUCCAACGGAAUCUCCUACGACGACGACUGAUAUUCCAACUGAAACUUCUACAACUAUAGAAGUUAGUACUCAACCUACAACACAAGAGGUGACUACUGAGGUGACUACAUUGGGAGUAUUAUCACAGUCCAGUACAGUAAGUCCGACUGAAGAGACCACGCCAGCAGAUACCACUCCAGUUCCAUCAGCUGCAUCAAGUACAACCAGUGAAAUUGAAGACACAACGACAAUAGUAGUAGAAAUCGUAACAGAAAUAAACACUGAAAGAGAACAGAAAAUUUCUACAUCAACAGAAACAUCAGAAACCACUGAAACAUCAAGUGAAUCACAAGAGACUGACUGCACUGAAGAGAGUAGCGGUAGCAAUGAAGUUAUUACUCAAGAAACUGAGAAACCUGUUACAGCUCAAAUUACAACUGAAGCUGUUACUACAAUUCCUACAACUGUUGUUCCCGUGACGAUAAUUAUAGAAAACGUGACGACACAGCUUACUACCACGAUGCAUGAUACCACGAUGCGUGCUACCACGAUGCGUGCUACCACGAUGCCUACUACCACGAUGCGUGAAGAAACGACAACUCAGCAAAAUGCAAAGAUUCACGAUACAACGGUUGUUAUAACAACAACGGUGAUAGAUGAUGCUAUGAAAACCGGCAAUGGAAUAGAUGAAGGGACAAGUUACCCAGCAGAGAUGACUACUGAGGCGUCGUCCAGGGUGCUUGGUGAUGAAGAGGAUAGUGGAUCAGGAGCUGCUGUUGCCAUCGCAGUCAGUACUAUUGGAGUUAUCGCGCUGAUACUGCUCAUUGGAUUGCUGCUGGUGGUUCGUCGUCGUGGUCGUCGUGGUAUUUAUGCCCAGCGCUGUACUCCAGUCUCCCUGGACGCUUACAGCCUGGACAGCGUCAGCGUCGGCCACAGGAAGGGUAACCACCGUCUCCGAGCCAGUAAGAGGAGCUACGGGAACCCUGCUUAUGAUGACGAGGUCACCUCCCAUCCAAUGCAGUACGCAGCUCUAGCAAAUUUUGCGAUGGACAUAGAAUCCAUGACCGCAGAGUUCUCAGAGAUCCCCUCAGUGACUGUCAGACCAGAUGAGGUGCCUCCAGGCUGUGAGGACAAGAACCGAUACUCCAAUGUCCUCCCACUACCAGAGACCAGGGUUCCUCUGAAGAGGCUCGGCAAUGAUCCUACUACAGAGUACAUUAAUGCCAAUUUUGUUACGGGUCCAGGCAACAUUCGUAACUACUACAUAGCAACUCAGGCGCCGCUCUCUAACACUGUCGUAGACUUCUGGCGCAUGAUAUGGGAACAAAACUCGAGACUCAUCGUCAUGCUCACUGAGUACAUGGAGAAUGGAGUUGAAAAGUGCUACGAGUACCUUCCACCGUCCGAAAUAUCGGACAACAAGCGUAUCUUCGGGAACUUCAAAAUUAUCCUGAAGAAGCGAGAACAACGUGACAAGUACGCGAUAUCCAGCGUCCAGCUCAUCAACCUGGAGACCAGAACCUGGAGGGAGAUCACACACCUUUGGUACUUCUGGCCUGCUAAGGGUGUCCCUGAUGACUACGACUCUGUCAUAGACUUCCUAUGCGAAAUGAGAAGUUACAUGAAGAUCGCGCAGACAGCUAAGGAGUAUGAUGAAGAAGGGGUGGAAGUAAUAUACGGUGAUCAGAACCGGUCUUCCUUUAGUAAUCUAUCGAAGCUGCGGAGUGAUGAGGGUGGCUCCGGUAAUGGUGUGAAUGUGUACUCACCAGCUCGUGCUGAGGAGCAGUUGAGAAGAGUUGCCCCUACCAAUGGCACUCUUGGAAGGAUGAAGGCAGCUUCUGAAGUUGAAGGUAUCCGGCCGUGCGUGGUGACAUGCGCGUCAGGUGCGGGCAGGUCGGCAGCGCUGAUGGCGCUGGACGUGUGCGCGCGCGCGCUGCCGGCGGCGGCCGACGUGCCGCGCGUCGUGCGCUCUCUGCGCGCGCAGCGACCGCACUCACUCUCCAACAGGCACCACUAUAUCUUCGUCUACAAGGUGCUAAGUGAAUACGGCAACAAAAUGCUAGGCGGUGGUGUAGACACCAUCUGAAACCACGGGCUUCCCCAGACGUAAGAACUUUAUUCGUACCCAUGACAACGCUGGCAUAUGUAUCUCAAACCUAGUGUAUAGCCAGCCUUAGUUUAAAACUAAACUAUUUGGAACAUACCAAAGUAUAAGUUACAAGAUCUCUAGAAAAUUGAUCGCUCAAAUAAAAAGUAAUGAAUUAAAUGAGAAAUUAUUAUUUUUUUAAUAUCAUUAUUUUCGUGUUUAAUCUGUGGAUUUAUUAGAUUUAUACCAUUAACGUCAUCCUCAUGACAAUUUCGCAUAAUUUUAAAUUUUAACGAAAGUUGUACAUAAGAUUAUUUUUAAGUUUUAUUUUUUGUUCGAACAAUUUAAUGUUUAUUUAUUUUUAGGGAAUCAUUCCACUAGUCUAUCGAUAUGUCGGUUUUCCUAGGUAACGCGUUAUAAGCAUAAUUUCAAUCACAAUUAAUAAAAAUGUAUGUAAGCAUCGUUUAUUGAAUUUUGCUGUGAUUUCUACUAAACUCUUAGUUUUAUACUAAUACUAAUAUUACCAUAAUAUAUUUUAGUGGAUUAGAGAAAAUCUUUGUAGUAAAAUAACAAUUUUAACUAUGCAUAACAGUAUUAUCUAAUGGCAACUCUGGUUAAGCUUGACAUUGUUUGUGUUGCCAUUUCUUUUGUUUUGCAUUGUUAUUUUGUGCACUAGCAAUAAUGAAAUAAAAAUACUCUGUGCUACUUUUAAAAAUAGUAAAUGACGUAAUUAUCAGGUGGUAUUGAAAUAUUAUAUUGUUAAUUUCAUUUUUGUUUUGUAUCGUAUCUAUUUAUUGUUGAAUAUAGUUGUUAAUUUGUGAUUCAAAUGUUUUAUUUUUCCGUGUGGUCUCCAUACACUUUUUAAUUUCAUACUAUAUAAUAUUUUCAACUUCAGUGUCACUUUGAAUGAUUUUUUUGUUUCUCUUCAGCAUCCAUUGAAGUGGAGGCCUUAGAAUUAUAUAUUUUUGUUAAAUAAAAGUCAAAGCAUUUACAUAAUUAGUUAAAGUGCACUGUUUUAUCCCACACGUUAAUAGUUUAUAAGUUUUAGAUAAUAUUUUAGAUUAUGUAUUGUAUUAACUAUAUUAUUGACCAAAAAAAUUAUAUAUUACAUUGUAUACGUCCUACAAUCGAUAUUAAGGUCUUUAUUGAGAGUAA